UUCGCUGCUAUGCUGAUUUAGCUGUCAAUGCUAGUAUGCUACUCAGUGUCGUCUGAAUAUAGGCUGAGUUUGGAUAGUUUUGUUAAAGAUUGAACCUCAUUAUCGGAUAAGAAACCAUACGUCAAUGUCCAAGGAUAGCCGUCACGAUGGACGACGGCGAGGUGCUGGUCAGCACCGACUUGGGCCAAGAGUGGGCCAAGGUGGUGAUGGAAGGGAAAGAUCUGGGAGCAACAGCUCAGGGUCUUCACAUGGAGGAGGCAAAAGCAGGAAUACGCCCGUGAGCAUGGCCCUGAAGGCCUCGUUCCAGCGCUCCAACAGCCAUGACAAGGUGAGGAAGAUUGUGGCAGAGGAAGGCCGCGCAGCCCGGAACCUCAUCGCCUGGAGUGUGCCACUCGAGAACAAGGAGGAGGAAGGAAAAUCCAAAACUCAGACCAACAGCAAUGCAAGGACUCAGAGGCUCAUCACAGGUCAACAUAGGAACAAAAAGCAGGGUAGUGGGGGCGGGGCGCUGCCGGAGAAGGGCUCGGAGAAGAGCCCCACCAAGGCCCGGCAGCCGCGGAAGGUGGACCUGCGCGCCCGCUACUGGGCCUUCCUGUUCGACAACCUGCGCCGCGCCGUCGACGAGAUCUACGUCACCUGCGAGUCUGACCAGAGUGUGGUGGAGUGCAAGGAGGUGCUGAUGAUGCUGGAUAACUACGUGCGUGACUUCAAAGCGCUCAUCGACUGGAUUCAGCUCCAGGAGAAGCUGGAGAAGACAGAUGCUCAAAACAGACCCACGUCAUUGGCCUGGGAGGUCCGCAAGAUGUCCCCUGGUCGUCACGUCAUGCCCAGCCCCUCUGCUGACCGCAUGGUGCCCUCGCCCAAUGCCCGGCGCUCCCUCAACUUCGGGGGUCCCCCUCCGACACUGGCCCGUCUGUCCCACACGGGUCUGAGCUGGGCUGACCGGGUCAAGUCGUCCCAGUCCCUCCCCAUCUCCGGCCAGAGCGUCACCUGCGCUGCAGAGAAGCAAGGAAAGAAAGACGCUGAGGGCUGGGAGACGGUGCAGCGCGGGCGUCCCGCCAGGCCUCGCUCGGCCGCCAUCGUGGCCAAGGUGACCCCCGUGGUGGCCCAGGUCAGCCCGAAGGACGACAGCGACAAGGAGAACCAGAACCAGAGCCGGGCCCCGCCGGGCCGCAGCCCCCAGGACAAAGACCCGGCCGGCCUGUCCAACCAGCAGCCCGGGAAACCGGACCAGCCGCUCCCCCGCCACCCCGACAACGACAACGAGAAGGCGCCCGUCAUCGAGCCGCAGUCCAUGGCCGAGGUGCUGGCCAAGAAGGAGGAGCUGGCCGACCGGCUGGAGAAGGCCAACGAGGAGGCCAUCGCCAGCGCCAUCGCCGAGGAGGAGCAGCUCACGCGGGAGAUCCAGGCCGAGAACAGCGAGCUGGAGACCGACAACGACUUCUCCACCGGCAUUGGCUGCGGAGGCUGUGGACUCAACCUGGACUGGAGCGAGAUGCUGGCGGACUACGAUGCGCGGGAAGCCUGGAGGCAGAGCACAUCGUGGGGAGACAUGGUGGAGGAGGAGCCGGCCCGGCCCCCAGGCCAUGGCAUUCACAUGCACGAGAAGCUCUCUUCGCCCUCACGCAAAAGGACUAUUGCCGAGUCCAAGAAGAAGCACGAGGAGAAACAGCUGAAAGCCCAGCAACUUCGGGACAAACUGCGAGAGGAGAAGACACACAAGCUGCAGAAGCUUCUGGAGAGGGAGAAGGAGGUGAGGAAGUGGAAGGAGGAGCUGCUGGACCAGCGGAGGAGGAUGAUGGAGGAGAAGCUGCUCCAUGCAGAGUUCAAGCGUGAGCUGCAGCUGCAGGCCAUAGUGAAGAAGGCCCAGGAGGAGGAGGCCAAGGUGAAUGAGAUUGCCUUCAUCAACACGCUGGAGGCCCAGAACAAGCGGCACGACGUGCUGGCCAAGCUCAACGAGUACGAGCAGCGGCUCAACGAGCUCCAGGAGGAGCGCCAGCGGCGGCAGGAGGAGAAGCAGGCCCGCGACGAGGCCGUGCAGGAGCGUAAGAGAGCUUUGGAGGCAGAGCGGCAGGCCCGUCUGGAGGAGCUGCUGGUGAGGAGGCGCGAGCAGGAGGCGCGGAUUGAACAGCAACGCCAGGAGAAGGAGAAGGCCAGGGAGGACGCUGCAAGGGAGAGAGCAAGAGACCGUGAGGAGCGUCUGGCAGCCCUGAGUGCUGCUCAGCAGGAGGCCAUGGAGGAGCUGCAGAAGAAGAUCCAGAUGAAGCACGAUGAGAGUAGUCGUCGGCACAUGGAGCAGAUCGAGCAGAGGAAGGAGAAAGCCGCCGAGCUCAGCAGCGGUCGUCACGCCAACACGGACUACGCCCCCAAGCUGACGCCGUACGAGCGCAAGAAGCAGUGCUCCCUGUGUAACGUCGUGAUCACGUCCGAGGUGCACCUGUUCAGCCACACCAAGGGCAAGGGCCACCAGCAGGCAGUGCGGGAGAGCAGCAGCAUCCAGGGGCGAGAGCUGUCCGACGAGGAGGUGGAACACCUCUCGCUGAAGAAGUACAUCGUCGACAUCGUGACGGACAGCUCCGUGCCGCCCGAGAGCGCCAAGGAUGGCGAGGAGAGGCAGCGCGCUCGCAAGAAGGCCAAGAAGCUCCGCGCACGCAUGAACUCCAGGGCCAAGGAGUACGAGACGACCGUGGAGGCGAAGGCCCAGGUCCCAGACUCUCCAUACAAGGCCAAGCUCCAGCGGCUGGUGAAGGACCUGCUGAAGCAGCUCCAGGGCCAGGAGAGCGGCCAGUGGGCCAACAACCGGGUGACCGGCCUGGACCGUACCCUGGGGGAGAUCUCCCGCAUUCUGGAGAAACAGAACAAUGCAGAUCAAGUAGCGUUUCAGGUGGGAGGGGGACUCUCUGCCCUGGAACAGAUUCUGCAGGUAGUCACCGCCGCCUCCACUCCGGCCGCAGUCCCACGCAUUCCUCUCAAGUCCCUCAGUGCUGCUGCCCACACAUACUACCUGGCCUGUUCGCGCUGCUACAUCAACUGCACCUAUGUCCUCUACAGCAACAAGAUCACCUUCCUCAUGGACCUGUUGCUGCAUCAGCUGUCGUUGUACGUGCCAGAUGAGGAUAAGUCCAUCUUUGGGCGAAGUGUCAAUAAGCAGGUGUUUGAGGGUCUGACCACAAGCCUGCUGCACACCACGGCUACUGUGCUGAGCUGCCUCCGCUCGGCUGAUUCAGAGUCAGGUCGCGGUGGAGAGAGCCCACGCAUCACCUCCCCUGACAACAAGAGCAAGCCAUGUGCUGCUGAUAGCUUCAACCUGCGGGCCCAAGACCUCACCAGCUACGUGGUGAACAUGGGCCUGAUCGAUAAAAUCUACGGCUGCUUCCUGUCCAUCCAAGGCCCCGUGGAUGAGAGUCCCAAGAUGGCCGCCUUCCUGGAGCAGGCCGCCGCACUACUGUACGCCUUGUGCAAACUCUGCUUCACCGUCACCUGCCGGUCCCUGAGCAUCUUCGACAACAAGCGGCAGGACCCGACGGGCCUCACCACGCUGCUCCGCUCCACGGACCUGGUGGGGGCGCUGCACAUGCUCUACUGCAUCCUGCUGCACAGCUACCUGCCGGAGCUCCCCCACGGCACCAACCCCUCCAGCACCACCACCGCCACCACCGCCACCUCCACCUCCACCUCCACCUCCUCCGCCGGCACCCCCACCGCCGCCGUCAGCUGCUCCCAGGAGCCGUACACCCCGGCCGUCAUCCAGGUGGCGCUGCAGGGCGUGCGCUUCCUCAACAGCUACGCCCUCCUGGAUCUCUCCGCCUUCCAGUCUGUUCUAGGGGCCGAGGGCCUGUCGCUGGCCUUCCGCCACAUCGUCAGCUCGCUGCUGUGGUACUGCUCCCAGCACAAGUGUGAGGAGCUGCUCCACGAGGUCAUCAUCUGCGUGGGCUACUUCACCGUCAACCACCCCGACAACCAGGUUAUGGUGCAGUCUGGAAGGCAGCCCAGCGUCUUGCAGAAACUGUGUCAGCUGCCGUUCCAGUACUUCAGCCACCCGCGCCUCAUCAAAGUGCUCUUCCCCUCGCUCAUCUGCGCCUGCUACAACAACCAGCACAACAAGGUCAUCCUGCAGCAGGAGAUGAGCUGCGUGCUGCUCGCCACCUUCAUACAGGACUGUGCCGCUGCUGAAAACAGCACUGACAACAGGACAUUACAACAAGAGAAAUCCUCCUCUUCACCGCUGGAUUAUUGUGAGCUCUCCAACCGCUUCCCCCGAGACCUGUGGGACGCUGCGCUACAGUUUUUCCUCAAGAAACAGGAGGACUGAUUCACUUCAGCAUACAUACACACACUCUCUCUCUCACACACUCACACACACACUCACACACUCUCUCUCUCUCACACACACACACACACACACACACACACACUCACUCACAUACAUGCAGUUAGGUGCAGUUCAGUUGCACAAAUAGUAUCUUGCUCACUAAUACACACAAGCUCCAGCGUGGUGAAUACUAGUGUUACCCAAGAGCUGGCCUUUGCUCACACCUCAGUCCACACACUCUUCUCCACACACACUCUCUCCACACACUCAGUCCACCACACUCUUCUCUGAACGUCUUGGCCGUCAGCUUGGCCAGACCACAAACACAUUCUGCCACAGAUGACAGGAGAACCCACAGGAGAAUGUAGCACAGAAGAUCAAACGAUUGGCAGCAGUUGAAGAUGUAAUAGUUUUGUUUAAUCCGUUUACUCCUCUUUUUUGAUACAUCUAUUUGAUGUGAUGUUAAUGUAGGUAAUGAAAAUGAACCCUUACUCGUUGCUUUUCAAUGUGUCCGUUAAAUGAAUAUUUGUUGUAAUGUUUUGUUUUUUGAUAUCAUUGUUUCUCAUACCUGUAAGCCUUGUCUGCAUAAUGUAGUCAAUGCAGUUGAUCUCUACUCGUAUGUAUUGUAUGGACCACUUUUCUGGUCCCUUUUCUUUGUCCCUGUAUUUCAGAGCACUAAAAGAAAGUAUAAUUUAUUGAAUUAUUUACGUAUCUGUCACAUUCUAUAAUUUAUUUAUUACAGUUAAUUAAAUUGUUUUCCUCA